AUGGAGCUCCAAGGUCGACAAAUGACAAACAACACGAGCACUGGAAUUAGUGUUGAUACUGACACGACUCAAUACUCCAGCUCAAUGCCUAUACAAGUCCCUGCCAUACCAACUCCUGCCAAUGACGCAUUACCCUCAUCCUCAUCUGUGACAUCAACAUCAUCACUCGCUAUCGGAUCAAGUGCCUUGCCAAUAUCAACUUUAUCAAGCUCUAGUCCAAGUAAUUCUCUUGUAAACACCCCUCCUGUGAACCCUCAACAUCUCCAAAACAUCCUUGUAUGGGGAACUCGAAUGAUCAAGUAUCCAUCAAAGACCUCCUCUCGUCCUGAAGAACGACUCAUCAAAGUAGACCUAAAGCCUGUAUUGCAGAUCUCCUGGGAAUCGAAAAAGAAAAAGCCUUCUCUAUCUACCAUGGAAUUACAUGCAAUCAAGGAAAUACGAAUGGGCCAAAACACCAGAGCCUUUGAAAUACACGGCAAGAAACCCGAAUACGAGAAUCGUGCUUUUACAAUCAUUUACUCGGUCGGUGGCACAUACAAGAUGUUGAAUCUAGUCGCGCCAAGUCCUGAAGCUUGUACAUUGUGGGUUUUUGGAUUGCACAUGCUGCUAGCAAACGCAAAUAUGCGAGACUUUGGACCCGCCGAGCUCGAACAAACUGUAGCUGGUUGGCUUGGAAAAGUUUGGAUUCAGGCUGAUAUUCGCGGAACUGGAAAACUCGACUUGGAUGAAGUCACAAACCUCAUGAAGAAACUCAACAUUCAACUAUCAAAAACUGAAGUCAAGAGUACCUUCAAACUGGCAGGAAUCAAUAAGAUGGGAUAUCUGACUUUUGACCACUUUGAGAAAUUGUAUCGUGUCUUACGAUUUAGACCCGAGAUUGCAGAGUUGUUUUCAACAUUCGCUAUAUCCGAUGCCAGAGGAAUGACAAGUAGUGAAUUCAAACACUUUGUAUACAAUGUACAGCAGUGCAAUUGGAAUGAGGAGCGAUAUAAUGAAAUAUUUAGAAAGUUCACUCCACAGCAUACUGAAACGAUGGACAUAGAUCACUUUUCUGCCUUUUUGGUCUCUUCAAACAACUCGAUAUUUAGAAAACAGCAUACUGAGGUCUAUCAAGACAUGAAUCAAUCUCUUUGCAACUACUUUAUAAAUAGUUCUCAUAACACGCAAGUGUAUCUCUUGGGUGAUCAAUUGGCUGGUGAAAGUUCUGUGGAAGCAUAUAUACGAGCUCUUCAGAAUGGAUGUCGUUGUGUAGAAUUGGACUGUUGGGAUGGACCUAAUGGUCAACCCAUCAUUUAUCACGGAAGGACUCUGACAUCACGAUUACUCUUCAAGGACGUGGUGGAAGCUAUUGCAAAAUACGCUUUUGUUGCAUCGUCAUACCCUCUAAUAAUGUCAUUUGAGAUGCACUGCAGUGUGGAUCAACAAGAUCAUAUGGCUAGGAUAUUACGCGAGACUUUUGGUGAGGCUCUGAUACUCAAACCAUUGAGUGAAGCAGAAUCAGAAUUGCCAUCUCCUGUUGCUCUUAUGGGAAAAGUUCUUAUAAAGGGAAAAUCUCUGGCAUUUGAAAAUCCAUUGUUUCCUCUUGACGAUGACCGCGAUGAAGAAACAGAGGAUGAAGAUUCCUUUGAAGCAUCUGGAACUUCAUCCCCACCAGAUAUAUCACCCGAAUCUUCACCAGCUCGAUUGCGAAUGCCAAAUCGACGAAAGCAAACCUAUAAUUCGGCAGCGUCCGUCUUGGAAAUCCCAUCGACCAUCACUGAAUCAAUAAAGCGACGGUCAUCACAGGAAGAUUUGGCCAUUGUUACUGGCGGUGUUGCCAAUAAAAGGAAACUCUCUCCCAAGACACCUAGGAAACGGCCGUUAGCUAAAAGUCUGGCUGAUAUGAUUAUUUACUGCAAAGCUCGCCGAUUUGUCGGUUUGCAAGCAGCUAUGGAGGCUUUUCGAUAUGAUAAUAUGUGCUCCUUGUCUGAAGGCAAGGCGAUGCCAUUGGUCAAGACUCAAAGAGCAGAGUUUGUUGACUACAAUCGCAAACACUUGUCACGAGUCUAUCCUGCGCCAAUACGAAUCACUUCUUCAAAUCCUGAUCCCAUGCCAUUAUGGUACUCUGGUUGUCAAAUGGUUGCGUUGAAUUAUCAAACAUUUGACAAGGGCUUACAGCUGAAUCGCGCCAUGUUUGCUGUCAAUGGCCGAUGUGGAUAUGUACUCAAACCUACAUGGAUGCACGCAUCUGCCAAAACCAAACCCGAUAGGACACCGAUUCAAUUGAUUGUGCAAAUAAUAUCAGGUCAACAAUUGCCUCGUGCAAAAGAUGCUAUAACAACUACUCGUGAAGUGGUUGAUCCAUUAGUGGAAGUUGAAGUAUGUGGAUCUGAUUCAGAUUCUGUCAAGUACAAAACACGUGCCAUCAGUAGUAAUGGUCUGAAUCCAAUAUGGAAGGAAACCUUCAAAUUCAAUUUGCAUGAUCCGGAUCUGGCCUUUCUUCGAUUCCACGUUUACAACUCUGAUGCCAAACUCAUCAGCGAUACCAUCGGAGCAUACGCCGUCGCCAUACAAUCAUUAGAACAAGGCAUACGAAUACGUCAAAUAAGGUCUCCUAUCAGCUCUGGAACUUUAUCUCCAAUCCCUGCGCAAGCAGUAGAAAGUAGUAGUGCUGCUCUCAUAGUCAAUGGUGACUCAGCAUCCCUAUCCACUACAAUAUCGGAAAUAUCAUCAACAUAUAAAUCACCGUCAUCUGAUUCCUCAAUAACGCCUUUUGUCAUCAAUGGGGAGGUUGUGAAUCGAGUUCCUAUUGAUGGGAUUGGUGUUAAGGGUGGAUCAUUGGCUGAAGAAGUCCUUGCAUCACAACAGCAUCUAGCAUCUCAAACGACCAUGUAA